AUGGUUAACGUUCAAAGACAGGCAAUCCAUUGGACAGUCAUCAGCAGAAGUAGCUCAGCUGGCGAGAUCUUCAUUUUCGCGGCGGCGUUAGCGGCGGUGUGUGCCCAACAACACGGACAUGGUCAAGAACACCACGGCCACGCUGUGUCCUCCCAGUCCUUCGUGAUCCACCAAGUGCACCACGAGCAUAAGGACCACCAUGCCGCCCCUGUACAUCACGCUCCUAUCCACCAUGCUGCCCCAGUGCACAACUCUGCUCCAGUCCACUACGCUAUCCCAGUCCACAAUGCCGCUCCUGCUCACCACGAACAUCACAAAGAGGAACACCAUGAUUACUAUGCACACCCCAAAUACGAGUUCUCGUACAAGGUGGAGGACCCUCACACAGGUGACCGCAAGUCCCAGCACGAGUCUCGCGACGGCGAUGUCGUGAAGGGCGUCUACAGCCUGCACGAGGCCGAUGGUUCCGUCCGCACUGUUGAAUACAACUCUGACAAGCACAGCGGUUUCAACGCGUACGUGAAACACUCCGAACCCAUCAAGCAUGCCCAGCCCCACCAUCACCAUUAA